UUGACACUCGAAACAAGUUUGAUGGUUUCCAACUACCACGCCCAAACGUGACAUCCUUUUAAGCGGAAGAACAAAUUGAAAUCUUUAACAUUCAUACCAACCAAUUAAGUCCACUCCGCUCUAAUUACUACCCACUUUUCGCAACUUCCAAAUUCAUACAUAGUCAAUUAAUCACUCCCUCGUUUUCCCCCCUCUUCCUACAUACUCCUAUUUCACUUUUUUCUCUUCGCUCAUCGUCGUCGAAUCAGCUUUCACACACUUCCAUUAAUAAAUCUCUGAUACUUUUUGGCUCUGAGAUAUUAUUUCACUUUGGUAUUGUUCGGACCAGCUUUCAUUUUUUUCAUACUAAUUGAUCCUCAGAAAAUCAUGUCAGAUGCUUUGAUCUGUGGCCUCGCCGGGGCAGGGGCCGGCAUAAUCGCUCAACUAAUCACAUAUCCUCUUGAUACAGUAAAUACUCGGCAGCAAACUGAUAGAAAUUCGAAGAAAAUGAAGAAAACGCUUAGUACUAUCGAACAAAUGUCCCAGGUUGUAAAGCAGGAAGGAUGGGAUGGGCUAUAUGGUGGCUUAGCUCCAUCACUAGUUGGUACGGCUGCAUCGCAGGGUGUUUAUUAUUAUUUCUAUCAAAUAUUGAGGAAUAGAGCAGAAACUAAUGCACUUGCACGUAAGAAGAAUGGAAUUGGUGAUGGAUCAGUUGGAAUGUUCUCAUCACUUCUGGUGGCUGCUUUAUCUGGGUGUGUUAACGUGCUGCUGACCAAUCCCAUAUGGGUAGUUGUUACACGGAUGCAGACUCAUACAAAAAAGGAUAAAGAUGACCACACAGAAUCUGUAGCAUCACAGGAUGAAAUCUCUGUCGUGGUUGAACCUCCUCCCUACGGGACAAGCCACACUAUUCAAGAAGUCUAUGGUGAAGCUGGAAUUUCGGGUUUCUGGAAUGGUAUUUUCCCAACAUUAUUCAUGGUAAGCAAUCCUGCCAUACAAUUUAUGCUAUAUGAAACCUUGCUGAAGAAGAUGAGAAAACGACGUGCCUCUAGCAACAAAGGUGCCAAUGAUGUCACUGCUUUGGAGAUAUUUCUACUUGGAGCUAUGGCAAAACUUGGAGCUACAGUUGUAACGUAUCCUCUUCUGGUUGUCAAGUCAAGACUCCAGGCAAAGCAGAAAGUUGGUGCGGAUAAGAGACAUCAAUAUAAAGGUACACUUGAUGCUAUGAUGAAGAUUAUACGCUAUGAAGGCUUUCAUGGAUUUUACAAUGGGAUGGGCACGAAAAUCGUACAAAGUGUUCUUGCUGCUGCUAUUCUUUUCAUGAUCAAGGAGGAACUUGUCAGGGGUGCUAGAUGGUUAUUUACAGGGACGACUGCUGCUACUUCUGUCAGAUGAAAGCCCCAUUAGAAGUUGGAUCUCCUCCAUUUAAGUCUAAGCAAGGUGCAGUUCAAUCAAAAGUGCACCCACAACUAGGAUGGAUCACUAGGUAUAAAUUUCUUUUGAUAGCAGCGGUGUGGUGUCCAAACCAGCUUGCAGACACCUCGAUUAUUCAACUGGAUAUCUGCAACCUUCACUAGUACAAAUACUGGGUAGUAACUUUGGACACAACUCCAAUUGAAGGAUAUUACUCAUUGCUUCAUUAUUUGUUUGUUGUGUCUCCAUAUAAAUAAUGGGUAAUAUCUCAAUUCUUGAUCAUAAAUCCAUUCUUUGGUCCUGACCAUCUCUUCCUUGGGACAAAAGGUGAACUAUUGUUGUAUUCUUAUUACUAUUUCGAAGUUGUUUGGACAAUGGGAGGAUUGAGCUUCUUUAUUAUCAAUUUACUUUGUAGAAUGUGUAAUAUUGUUAGUCUAAUUUUUUAUCGUUUAGUAACUUUUUUAUUGU